UACAAGAGCUACAGUACUGACAGCUCAAAGCUGUCCACGUCAACACUAAACGCCACCAUGGACUCCGUGGCUCUGGAACCUUCAUUGUACACAGUAAAGGCAAUCUUUAUCUUGGAUAAUGAUGGAAACAGGCUGCUUUCGAAGUACUAUGAUGCAGAGCUGUACCCCUCUAUGAAGGAGCAGAAGAAUUUUGAGAAGAAUGUUUUCAACAAAACACAAAAAGCAGAUAAUGAAAUAGCCUUCCUGGAAGGACUAACCAUAGUCUAUAAGAGCAGCAUAGACCUGUUCUUCUAUGUGGUGGGCAGUGCACAAGAGAAUGAGCUGAUGUUGAUGGCAGUGCUCAACUGUCUGUUUGAGUCUCUUAGCCAGAUCUUGAGGAAGAAUGUGGAGAGAAGAUGUGUGCUGGAUAAUCUCGAUGGAGUCUUUCUGGUAGUGGACGAGAUCAUCGAUGGAGGGGUAAUCCUGGAGAGUGACCCUCAGCAGGUGGUCGAGAAGGUUAACUACAAGGCUGAUGACAACCCGUUAUCAGAGCAGAGUGUUGCUCAGCAUAUCACAGAGAAAUUGGCUCUCACUACUAAUGUGUUGCAGUCUGCAAAAGAACAGAUCAAAUGGUCUAUAUUAAAAUAAUCCCACUUCCAUCUCACUGGUCUGUAAAUUAUCUUAAGGCAAUGUGGAAGCAUUGCAGCUAUGCAGUUUUGUUUUUAUGAAACCCACUAGGGUAAUUAACUGUGAGUUGGUUAGUUAAACACAUUUUGAUUUUAAGUCAUUCAGUCAUGAAUGCUUUGUUUAAACAUAUUGUUCAGUUAUUGUUUAAGACUUAAAGAAAGGAAGCCCUAUUCACAAUGCAUUUUGAGGGCUAUUAUUCAAGAGGUUUCUAAGUUUAUAAUAAGUGGUGUUGUGAGGGUUGCACUGAACAUUUUCUAUAUGCCUGCAUGAAUCUCUCCUAGCUACCUAAAACCUAUGCUGCAAAACAAUUAAUUAGCUCUGAAUUAAUUUUGUGUCAAAUUACAUAUAUUUAUUUGUUUUGUGUUCUUAUGUGACUAGGGUCAUGUCUGGCUGUUGUGUUGCCUUUCAUUUAGUGUAUCAUUUGCUGUUUUAGUGUCAUUUUGUCUGUUCUGACUAUAACCAAGUUCAAAUUUAGAUCAGGUAAACAAGUCACAUUCUGUUACACAGGCUGAUUAGCGGGUCUUUGUAUAUGUCUGUCCAAAUGUUCCAUCUUAAAUCAUGUCUUGCUCAAAAGCCAAAGAGUAUAAGGAUGGGAAAACUUGGUGAUUCAUGGAACCUAAAGGGUAACCGGAAUGCCUCAUUUGUAGGCCAGUUUAACAUAACUGUGCUUCCAAGAGAAUAUAAUGGCUUUAUAUACCUACCUGGUCAAAUCUAUUGGUCACAGAUCUUAAUGUAGCCUAAUUCUAAUAUAAAUGUUUUAACUAGUUAAAACGGUUACACUGUCAUGCAAACAAACCAAAAUGAGGCAUUUUUAUUUUGGUGCUAAAUCCCAUUAAAAACAAUAGCAUAAAUGAAUGGACCUUUUUAUAUAGGCGAAACCUGUUACUGUAAAGUUGUAUCCGUAACAAAAAUGUCAUUACCUGUUAAUAAAUAUUAUUUUGGUACGAUG